AUGAAAGAUCCGUCAUGUAUAAUAAUCGCGUUAGCAAUCGUUUUAUCGACAAGUUUGUCGUUUGCUUGGCCGUAUAGACGUCGAGAUGUCUCUGACAAUUCGGUGGAUAGUCCAGGCGGCGGCGGUGGCGGUCUCGUAUCUCGUUUGCAAUAUCUUGGGGAAGCAGCAUACGGUCUUCCAAGUAAUGUGACGGGUUUAAAAGUGGCUAACUGGCACGAAGGAAUGUCAGUUAAUCCUGAAGAAUUGGGUAAUUACGCUGAAGGAGAUAUCCUUUUUCCACUUGGAACGAGUAGGAACGGUUUGAAAGCAAAUGCUGCUAGGUGGCCCAAUGGUAUUAUUCCUUACAUGAUCAGUCCUUAUUUUGAUGAAAGACAACGUAAACUCAUUUAUCAGGCUAUGGAGGAAUAUCACAAAUAUACAUGUAUCAAGUUCAAGCAAUAUACCGGCGAGGAAAAUGAUUACAUUAGAAUCACAGCAGGUACUACCGGUUGCUGGAGUAGCGUAGGUAGGAUAGGUGGGCGGCAAGAUGUGAAUCUUCAGGUGCCAGGAUGCGUGACCAAAAAGGGUACCGUGAUUCAUGAAUUCAUGCACGCUAUUGGCUUUUUUCAUGAACAAAGUAGAUACGAGCGAGAUGAAUACGUUACUAUCAUAUGGAAAAACAUCGUUAAUGGCCACGAAAGUAAUUUCGAAAAGACAUCGAGAGAAAUCACUGAUGCCUUCGGUGUUGGCUAUGACUAUGGCAGCGUGAUGCAUUACUCCGCCUAUGCAUUUUCCAAAAAUGGAGAAGCAACUAUAAUACCAAAAGAACCAGGUGGUCUUUUGGGUCUUAUCGGAGAAAUCUUCCAGGGCAAAACCAAGGUUGAACUUGGACAACGAGAGGGACUUAGUAAACGAGACAUUCAAAAGAUUCGCAGAAUGUAUCACUGCAAUAAACGCAGGCGUAGUCAUAACUGA